AUGUUGAUGAUUUCUUUAAUCCGACCCUGCCAGGGUACUCUAAAUAUCGGAGUGCUUGGUCAAAUCCGGCAAUCAUCGUCAAAACGAUGGCAAGCUCGGCAGCAUAAGGAUCAAUUCACCCGAGAAGCAGCGGUUCAAGGCUUGAAGAGCCGAGCUGCUUUCAAGCUUUUACAGAUUGAUGAGAAAUACCGCAUCUUUAAGAAAGGUCAAACGGUCGUGGACUUGGGAUAUGCGCCCGGGUCAUGGUCACAGGUAGCUGUAAGCCGGACACAGCCAAAUGGGCGGGUUCUGGGUGUUGAUAUCAUCCCGGCACAGCCCCCAAAAGGGGUUUCUACCAUCCAGGGGAACUUCCUUGCCCCCGAAAUCCAAGCAUACAUACAGGAGUUCCUUCGCAGCCCCAAUAGAGGCAGGCCUCGUGAACAAAGUGAUACAGGCGGGAGCUUGUUGGAGCCUGAGGUGCCCAUGCGGACCAACGAUCCAGAUACCUCUGCAAGUCAAAAUGAUAAAAUCCUUCAAAGAACGGUGGAUGUGGUUCUCAGCGAUAUGUGCGAACCCUGGCUGCAGACAUCUGGUUUCUGGAAACGAAGUCUAAGUAAUCCCUAUAACAGGAUGAUGAACACCAGCGGAAAUAACUUUAGAGAUCAUGCUGGCAGUAUGGAUCUUUGUCAUGCUGCUUUAAAAUUCAGCUCCGAUGUUCUGAAGACCGGGGGACAUUUCGUUUGCAAAUUUUACCCCGGAGCAGAGGAUAAAGAGCUGGAGAAACAGCUGAAGGACUUGUUUCAAAAGGUCCACCGGCUGAAGCCUGAAUCAUCUCGCAGUGUAGGUUAUCCCUAUCGUGGUUUACCUUCGGUUGUAAUAGCUAAACCCGCUGGCAGGAAUCUAAAGAAACAUUCUUCGUUGGCCUGGAUCGCAGAUCAUGAGGUGACUCGUGGUGCCAUGUGA